UUGAACCAACAAAUGGCUAUUGAUAUGAUGCAAGACAAUCAAAUUUCUAGCAUAAAUAACAGUGAAGCAAGCAGUACUGGCACGACAAGAACAUUUGCAAAGAACACAAACAUACAAAGAAAUGAAACAGUGAAAAACAUGGAAAAAGAAAUAUUACGCAUUCUUACAUGGGAAAACCCGGUUCGAUCAGGCAUCAUUAUGAUUACUUUGGUUGGUUUUAUCUUAUUGACUCACCGUCAUUCUUUGUUACAAAUUGUGUUUGGUAUCUUGACUUUUAUGAGUGCCAUUUGUCUUGCUUGGGUUCAACUUGUCAAGUUUUACCAGACAAUUAUUGCUGAUCGUAGUACAGUCACUAAUCCUUUCAGUCCUCUAUUGGAAAGACAAAGUUUGAAUGCAUUCAGCAAGGAAAAUGUAGUCCAUUAUGCUACUGUAGUUGCAGAAGUAGGAGAUGCUUUGUUUCAUGCUUUGGUCCGCAUUAUCCUGGUAAGAGACACAAAGAAGAGUGUUAAGUGGUUGGUUGUAUUCUUUACGAUUUAUCAAAUAUCAGCUUAUGUAGCAAGUCGUAUUCUAAUUCCCUUUUUUAUCAUCUCCGCCUUCAUUGUUCCUUGCUUGUAUUUAAGCAACAAGCAUUUGGUUGAUGCUCGUCUUCAACAAAUGCAAGCUAUUUUCAAUGCUUGGUUUGAUCAUUUCUACAGACUUGUUCAAGAACAACUCAUGUCAUUGAAAAGAAAGUCAACUACUAAUCCUGUUCAAAAAGUUGAUUGAAAAAAAAAAUGCUCCUCGUUCUUGUGUAGCAUAAGAAAAAAAAACACUAAUAAAAAAAAACUUUUGCUCUA